ACAAAACCGCGUGCGUGUUCGUCGGUCAGUGCGGUGCGGGUGCAGUUCUACGCGGCGCGUGAUUCCGUAAUGGUCGUGUUUUUAGUGUAAAAGUUUAAUUUAUUCGAGACAUUUGACCACACUUGGGCCGCAGAAAACUUCCAAGAUCGCACAAUGAGUGCCGGACAGUUUGACGAUGCGUUGGAGGACACCACAGAGACCUUGAACAUCAUCAGCCUCAAGAAGCCGGAAGCCGAGGUGUUGGUGGUUGAAGAUGAAUUGGUGGCACCCCCCACAGUGGAAGUGGCCAUAGCGGAUGCAAUCUUUGGCAAUUCUCGGUACCGAUCGGAGGAGCAGUAUUCGCAAGACGAUGAGGAUUACAGUGGAAGUGAUGACGAAUAUUAUGCAUUCGAUGUGGAUAACGUCCGGAAGAAUCAAGCCGCUAACAUGCAACAGUCUCAUACCAAUGUGCAAAGUUCCAGCCAGAAAGUAUCCAACUUCCAACCAGCGGAUGCCUUGUUUAAAAAAUUUACGAAUAAGAUAAACGUGGAAAAGUACGAAGGACCGAUGGCACUUCCAAAUCAUGCUAAAAAUACGUUGAUUGAAACUCAACGGAAGGCGGACAGCGAUCGGCUCAGGAGUAAAGACAAACAGGACCGAGCCACAGCAGAGCAGGUCAUGGAUCCCAGAACUAGAAUGAUCCUGUUUAAGCUGCUGAACCGCGAUAUGAUAUGCGAGAUCAACGGAUGUAUCUCGACCGGAAAGGAAGCCAAUGUGUACCACGCGACGGCCAAAACCGGUAUGGAUUAUGCCAUCAAGAUAUUCAAGACGUCAAUUCUGAUCUUCAAAGACCGGGACAAGUACGUGACGGGAGAGUAUCGAUUCCGGCAUGGUUAUAGCAAGCAUAAUCCCCGGAAAAUGGUGCGGACGUGGGCCGAGAAAGAGAUGCGGAAUCUGGUGAGGAUGAAGAAAUGUGACCUCCCAGUUCCGGAGCCGAUUCUUCUCCGCAGCCAUGUCCUCGUGAUGGAAUUCAUCGGUAAAGAUGGGUGGCCUGCUCCGAAACUGAAGGACGUCGAGCUGAGUGGAUCGAAAGCUCGGGAACUCUAUCGGGAUGCCGUCGAAAUGAUGUGGGCCAUGUACAACAAGUGCAAGCUGGUCCAUGCCGAUUUUUCCGAGUUCAAUCUGCUCUUCCACAACGGGAAAAUUGUCAUCAUCGAUGUGUCUCAAUCGGUAGAACACGAACAUCCUCAUGCACUGGAAUUCCUUCGUAAGGAUUGCACCAACAUAACGGACUUCUUCCGGAAGAAGGAUGUGUCGACGAUGACGGUGAAGGAGCUAUUCGACUUCAUUACCGAUCCCACCAUCACCGAUGCCAACAUGGAGGAAUGCUUGGAGAAAAUGUCAGAAAAGAUUGCCAAUCGCAGCUUCGAUGAAUUCACCGAGCAGCAAAAAGUUGAGGAAGCUAUUUUCAAGCAAAUUUUCAUUCCCAAAACGUUGCAUGACGUGUACGAUAUUGAGAAGGACAUCUUCGAGAAGAAGAACAAGGAUGAGUUGGUGUAUAAAACUAUUGCAGGACUGGAUGCCAACUUGAAGGUAGCCGAGAAUCCCGAAAUUCUGCAUGACGGACAUGAUCAAUCCGCCAAGGCAGAAGCUGCCCCAACACAAGACAUAUCCAGUGAAAGUGAUAGCUCUUCCGAAGAUGAAGAGGAGGGCGAUGAAGACUCGAAAAAAUCCGCUGCUGUGCGGGCGAAAAACGAAACAGCCGAAGAACGUAAAGCACGCAAAAAAGCCGUCAAGGAUGAGAAAGCGGAAAAGCGCAAAACAAAGGUGAAAAAGCACGUGAAAAAACGAAAAGAAAAGUUGGGCGGUAAGAAGUAGGGGGUGAUAUUGUUAUCAAUAAAACAAAGUUUUUUUUAGAUUCUGUAUAUAAGUACGGAAACUAUCUACAUUCAGUGUAGUCUGUUGAUGUA